GAACAAAAAAUUUGAUUGGGAGAGAAUAUUUCAACGAAUGAGAGUUUCACACACGUGAAAUCUCAAAAAGGCUUUUCUCUAUUUGCUUCAGCGAGUUCACAGUCUCUCUCUCUUCUUCAUCUCUAUAUAACUCUCUUCACUCGACACAGAAGAGUCCCGUGUUCUUGAGCUCUGGAGCAGACCAGAACAAAGCCACAAAGAUUAAAAAAAAAAAGCUUCGAGAUUUCAACAACCAAAAUAGAAAGGUCUUUGUGUCUGAUCAAGCCUGAACUCAAGAUUGUGUCUGAUUUCUCAACUUUAUGUUUCUUGUCUCAUGAUCACUACUUUGCUUCAAUGGGGUACGUAAACAUGGAGAAGAGAUGGGUACUAUUCCCUCUCGUCAUCACAUCACUCGCCUUCGUUUUCCUCCUAGCAACCUCUUUCAACAUGGGCCUCAUCUCCUCCCUCCGCAAAUUCAACAACAUCUUCUCCAUCAUCCCUUCACGUCACAGCCACGCCAAGAACCAAACCAAACUCGACUUCGCAGAGUCCAAACUCGCUAGACAAAGACAAACCCGCCCUCACGAAGAAGACAACAACCUUCCACGUUUCGCAUACCUCGUCUCCGGGUCCAAAGGAGACGUGGAGAAGCUUUGGAGGACGCUUAGAGCGGUGUACCAUCCGAGAAACCACUACGUUGUCCACUUGGAUCUUGAGUCACCCGUUGACGAGAGACUAGAGCUGGCUUCUCGGAUUAAUAAAGAUCCUAUGUAUUCCAAAACCGGGAAUGUGUAUAUGAUAACAAAGGCUAACCUUGUGACUUAUAGAGGACCGACAAUGGUGGCGAAUACACUUCACGCUUGUGCUGUUUUGCUUAAGAGAAGUGCUAACUGGGAUUGGUUUAUUAAUCUUAGCGCGUCAGAUUAUCCACUGGUGACACAAGAUGAUUUGCUUCAUACGUUUUCGAGUCUGGACAGGAACCUCAACUUUAUUGAACACACAAGUGAACUAGGUUGGAAAGAGGAGAAGAGAGCAAUGCCAGUAAUGAUUGAUCCUGGACUCUACUUGUUGAACAAAUCAGAUAUCUACUGGGUCACUCCUCGUCGAAGUUUGCCAACUGCGUUUAAGUUAUUCACUGGAUCUGCUUGGAUGGCUCUAUCACGUCCAUUUGUAGAAUACUGCAUAUGGGGAUGGGACAAUCUACCAAGAACCCUUCUAAUGUAUUACACCAACUUCGUCUCAUCACCUGAAAGUUACUUCCACACUGUAAUCUGCAACGUCCCCGAGUUCUCCAAAACCGCAGUGAACCAUGACCUUCACUACAUCUCCUGGGACACUCCGCCGCAGCAGCACCCUCACGUGUUGACGCUCAACGACACAGUGCAGAUGAUAUCCAGCGGUGCUGCGUUCGCUAGGAAAUUCAAAAGAGACGACAAGGUGCUCGAUGUGAUCGACAAGGCGUUCCUUAGACGGAGGAAUGAUAAAGAUGGUUUUACUCCUGGUGGGUGGUGCAGUGGGAAACCAAAGUGCUCCCAGGUCGGUGAUGUGGCUAACGUUAAGCCUGGUCUUGGAGCUAAGAGGCUUCAGGGACUUGUGGAGAAGUUAGUCAGUGAGGCUAAAACAGGAGUUAAUCAAUGUAAAUAG